AUGGCAGACCCCGAGGGCGCGCGGGUUUCUCCGCAGCCCCCGCCACCUUCCUUCUCCCCCUCGUCUUCUGAAGCCUCUUCCCCCGGCAUCCCCGGGAGUUUGGACUGGCCGGUUCGGAGCAGGAGCCCCGCGGCGGACCGGCUGGAGGAAGUGGAGCUGCGGAUCGGAGACGCAGCAUUUUCAUUAACCAAACUGCUGGAAGCCACAUCUGCAGUAUCCGCUCAAGUGGACGAGCUUGCCUUGAAAUGUACAGAAAACGCACGUUUCCUGAAAACAUGGCGGGACCUCUUGAAAGAAGGCUACAAUUCUUUGAAGCCUGACAACUGA